AUGAAUGAUGGGACAGCGAAGGAGAACACGAGUGGGGAGGUGAUUGCCAAGAUCAAAUCAUGUCAGGAAGCCUAUAGUAAACUUCUGGAGCAGGAGGCCUGUAGCACUGGGUGUGCUAGCCAACCUGCUGAGCCGGAGAUCAAAAGGAGGAAGCUUAAGGCCUUGACCAACCGCCCCAAACCCAUCUCUGUGAUGGAUGCAGUGUCCAGCUGGUGCAGUGACAUCGUCAGUUCUGCCCAGAGCUUCAUUUCCUCCACCUGGACAUUCUACUUGCAGGCUGAUGAUGGGAAGGUAGUUGUGUUCCAGAGCCAGCCAGAGAUCGAGUACUCCUUGCCUGAAUUACAAGCCCCGCGCUCCAAUGUGGCUGACAAGCCCUGGCCCCAAGUCAACACCCACACACAGCGGCCACAUACGGGUGGGCGAUUACAUGGGGAGAGGAAUGCAGCAAAAACUGGGGUGAAAGGUAAGCAUGUCAGCCAACAUGCUGAGGAACCAGCUGCUGAGCACGACUUUCUGGGCUGCAUGUCAAGGCGCUCAGGACUGCCACGUUGGAUUUUAGCAGCGUGUCUUUUCCUGUCAAUCAUGGUCAUGUUGUGGCUGAGCUGUGCCAGUCUUGUCACAGCACCCGAGCAGCACGUCAAGACUCAGAAUAAAAGUCGGAUACAGAUGCAACUGUGGAACGACAUGAGACUAAGCAUCAAUGGAGAUAAAGAGUUCUUGGAUGACUCCCAGAAGUCCAAUCCCUACCAUUUGAUGCCAGUGCUUGCUAUGACGAUUGGCCAGUCUGAAAGCAAGGAGGCGGGGCCACUCCCGGUCAAGGUCGACCUCAGCAAAACAUCACUUUAAAAGCAAUGAGGAGGUUGAUACUUUUGAUGACUAGGGUUUAACUCAUCUCCAGAGCUAUUUCUCUCAAAUUUAAGGAGAAGUUGCUUAAUUUUUCUAAAUAAAAAAAAAAGCAUGACACCAUUUAUUAUUUUUGUUAAUGAUAUUAUUAUUAUUAUUAUUGGUUAUGUCCUGUCUGAAUCCUAGUCUCCUCUAGAAUUCUCAAACAUCAUGCAAUCAUAGUUUAGGUGCUUGUUCACAUAACGUACUAACUUAUGCAUUUUAUCUAUAAUCUAUACAUUUAAAAACACUAGUAACAUUUGAGCUCAUGAACAAGUUUCUUAUGGCUAUUGUGAUACAUUAUUAUCGAUUUUAUGAAAUACGCACUGUAGAAACACAUUGGGCUCUCUUAGAUAAAGCCACUUAGAAAAAUUUCAAAAGAAGAGUAGGAUCACUUGUCAAGGUUUGGGAGCUUUAUCUAGCGUUUACAUAAGACAGAACACAUACUGCGAUGAAAUUAAGGAUGAAUACUCCCCCUUAUUAAUUGGUGUCACACAAAGACUGAAAGAUUGCUUUUGAAGGUUGAUUUUCGGUGGAGUGAAAGGAGCAAUGGAAAACUCAAACGCAACCAAUUAGUGGCAGAUCUGGUUUCAUAACAGAUGCUUGAGACGACGUUUACAAAAUAUUCAAAUGAGGCGUAAAUAGGUCCUUUUGAACUGAUGUCAUCAACCUGACAAGGACUCUUAAUUACUUUUAAAAACAGUAAAUGCUGGUAGUUUAAAUAGUAAAAUUGGAAAUUAGCGUGUUUAAAGAUUGUGGGAUGUUUUACACUCUGACAGGAAUAGAGGGAGAUUUUAAUAUUGCAUAAUUAUGCAUCUAAACUUAACUAACUACACUACCGACAUUCAAAGCAUGUUGUAUAUUUAUUUAUAUAUUUAUUUAAUUCUCUAUUUAUUAACAGCUUAGCAUAUACACAGCAUAUAGCGACUGUAGUCUAUCAUCUCUAAUUUAGUUAGCUCAUCGAUUCUAAUGCUUCAUUGUGAAAUUUAUUUCCAUUAUAGGAAAGUUUCUGUUCAGACCGAAUGUGAAUUGUGCUUUUCUUUCUCCAUCUAUGCCCGAUUAUAGACAUUGUUUCAUUCUUUUGGGAAAACUGACCCCAAAAGUUAAUGUAAAGGUAGUGGGGGUGGAGUUAGAGCUGGUGUUUUAGAUGCGGUGGUGGGGUGGUUCCCUCCUGCCUAGUGCCAGGCUUUGACAAAUAUAUCUUUUGUAAUUAGACUGUAGAUUCAAGGUGCUUUCAUGGCACUAUUUGUCUUGUGCAACUAUUUUCCCCCUUUUAAGCCCAGCCACAGUGCAUGCAAGUACGCUAUGUAACAUUGAAUAUACUGUAUCGUCCGAUCUCUUUUUGGACUCAAAAUGCUGUACGCUUGUGAUCUUUGUAUUUUUGCUUAAUGUUCAGUAGACAUUGUAAUUAUGACCAUAGAUUAUUAAGAAAAGGUGAGGUAUACAUAAGCCAUUUAAUAUCAACUGGUUAAACAACAUCAUUACUGUAUGAAAUGCAAUGUAUGAGGUCAAUUAUAUCUUUUUUUCCCUUCUUUAAACAGUUUGUUGUAAGGUAAUCCAUAAUAUCGGAGGAAUAAAGUGUUUUCAUGUCCUAAUUAAUCUGGUGUGGGUGCAAUUCCUGU